AUGCGGGUCAUCAUUUUCGACAUGUUUGGAAAUAUCCUACAGAAGUUUAGCUGUUCUCGUUACCUCGAGUUUCCAAAUGGUGUAUGUACGAAUGACAAGAACGAAAUACUGAUUUCAGACAAUCGCGCUCACUGCAUCAAGGUAUUCUCUUAUGAGGGACAAUUCCUACGUCAAGUUGGUGGUGAAGGAAUUACUAAUUACCCGAUUGGCGUCGCUAUCAAUGCUAUGGGCGAUGUUGUCGUUGCAGACAAUCAUAACAAUUUCAAUCUAACCGUGUUUUCGCAGGACGGCGUUAUGAUUGGUGCUCUCGAAUCAAAAGUGAAGCAUGCUCAGUGCUUUGACGUUGCUCUAGUGGACGAGACCAGCGUAGUGCUGGCUUCGAAGGAUUACCGUCUCUACCUCUAUCGUUUCCAACGUAGUGCCGGUGGUGCUCAGCAGUAG